AUGGCGAUGGUGAAGAAGGAGAGCGAAGAGGAGGAGGAGGAAACCGACUGCUUCGUUCGGAGAGUGCCACUUACAGGCUUUGAUGAUGAUAAGGGCUGCUGCCGGGUUUCAUUGACAGCACCUGAUGCUCAGGACGGCCUCAUGAUGCACAGCAGCUCUUCCUCCUAUAAGAUCCUGGACUUUAUAGGGGAAGGCGGCUUUGGAACAAUCGUCUCGUCCAUGAACCUCAGGACCAAACAGAUCGUGGCUGUGAAAAUCCUGAAGGAAUCCGAGUUCGCCCCGGACGCUGAGCAUGAGGUAACCAUGCUGAAAGUAAUCAGUGACCUGGAUGUGGAUCUCGUCAACAUGGUCAGGUUCCAUGAAGCAUUCCAGCACCUGGACCACACCUGUUUGGUGUUUGAGCAGUUGGACAUGAGUGUCUUUGACCUGCUGAAGCAGCGAGAGUGGGAGCACCGUCCUCUUGACGAGAUCCGGCCAGUUGCCAAGCAGCUCUUGGUGGCCUUGGAUGCCCUGAAGGGUCUCGGGGUCCUGCACGCGGACAUAAAACCGGACAACGUUAUGUUCGUGAACAGGAAGACUGAGCCCUUCAGGGUGAAAUUAAUUGACUUUGGCUGCGCCAUGAUGGCGUCCGAAGUCCAGCUGGGGAUGGAUAUCCAGCCGUGUGGGUACAUGGCUCCAGAGAUUUGUCUGGGUCUCCCAAUCACCGAGGCCAUCGAUGUGUGGGGGGUCGGGUGCGUGCUGGCAUUCAUGUACCUGGCUCAAAACCUGUUCUCGGUUAAAUGCGAAUAUAGAAUGAUGAAGAACAUGGUGACAUUGCUGGGCCUGCCGCAGGACCACCUGCUCCGCGCUGGCAGGUACAGCAACCAGUUCUUCAUCGAAGAGGAGGGUGAAGACGGUCCAUCGUGGAGACUGAUGACUGCAGAAGAAUUCACUGCUGUUAGUAACGUGAAAACAGAGGAAGAGGAGAGUUUCAUCAAGCAGGCAAACUCCCUCAACGACCUGAUUCAUAUCCAUCCAAAGUUGGGGGCGGCUGAGAUGAAAGACCGCAAGGCCUUUGUGUCUCUGUUGGAGGGGCUGCUUCAUCUCGACGGGGAUGAGAGGAUCUCUCCUCAUCAAGCUCUGGAGCUGCCCUUCAUCUCAAUGAGCCACCUGAGGUGGGACGUCCACAGCAGAGACUAUCUGACCGACUCCGAAGAAGCAAUGGGGUUCUGCCCCAAUGACGACAGCUUCCGCUGGUCAUCCUCAGACAGCGGCUCCUCUGGCUCAAUGGACCAAGACUCCUUGGAUUCUGUGGAGGCUCUAGACUCCACAAGCGACACCGAUGAACUGUCCUGGUGUUCUGACAGUGUGAUAGAGUCCACAGACACCGCCUGUUCGCCAACUUUCAUUGAAACCAGUGAGGUGCUCUACAAAGGGUCUGACCUGAAGACCAACUCAAGGGCUACCUGGGUCUGGUGUCCCAUCAUGGAUGAUGACACCAGUGAGGAAGUCUCCGGGAGUUGUAACGAGGCGGCAGACGUCAGCGCUGCAGCCGCAGCCUCUCACGUCACCGCUGCAGCCGCAGCCUCUCACGUCACCGCUGCAGCCGAAGCCUCUGACGUCACCGCUGCAGCCGAAGCCUCUGACGUCACCGCUACAGCCGCAGGCUCUGACGUCACCGCUGCAGCCUCUGACUUCACCGCUGCUGUCUCUGACUUCACCGCUGCAGCCGCAGCCUCUGACUUAUUCUCUAGUGUUCUCCAACAACUUAUUGAAUCUCAGCAGGUCCUCACUCUGCAGCCAUGA